AUGACGCAGACCAGGGUUGUGGCUUUCGGGAACGGGAACUCAACGCUCUUGGUAGUGUGGGGGAAUGUGGAGAUGAAUACUGGGGUGAGUCUUUUUCCUCUUCCUCUUGAAUUAAAACUUUACCCAGGAGUUCAACACUUUUCCACUUCUCUCCUCGCAGUUGAAAUACCAUGCUAACCAACAACCACCAUAUAGAUCAUCCUAACUUCCCUCCCGGUUCUAACGCCACUUUUCAAAUUCUCCAAUUCCCGAAGCUCUAGCAAAGGCUACCAUCCACAAAUCUCCCGAUCCCAAUCCCAUAACCUGACCGUCUUCACAAAGGCGACCGCGAACGAGACCAUCCGCAAUUCGAAAUAUGGUGGACCACAAACGGUGAACGAAAGCCAGGAAACGAUAUUAAAUAGCCCGGAUGUACCGAAACAGCCGGAUGAGAGUAUACCGAAACAAGGGGUGAUUUUGAAGACGGUUCAGGUUGAGGUUACCCGGACAGAGGGGGUUUUAGAAGGGGGGGCGAAAGGGGAUAGGACAGCUUUCUUUGAUGAUUAG